AUUGAUCCAGCCACAUAUUUUUUGUAUGCACAAUAAUGAAAAUGUGUUAAGCGUUUAACGGUGUAAAUUCAAACUCCGUCGAUAACUAACGUAACAAAAUUUAUCGACAGACAAAAAAAAUAAAAAUUAGGUACAAGAUGUAAAGGUGAGGGCCCACAAAUGCAAGCGUUGGGGAUAGCGGAGUGGAUCCCACGAUUUCAAAAUUAUGGACAGGAGGAACAUUUCUCUCAAACUUGGGCGCUAAAAAAAGUCGUCGUCGUUUUUCCUUUUCUGGCUGAGUUUGCCUUCUUAAACCAACCCGACAUUCUCGGCCCAAACAAAUGUUCAAACCUUUCCGUUACUUCCCUUCACAAAUUUCCAAUUAGGGUUUCACAUUAACCUUGAUCAGAACUUCUACGUACAUAUAUAUACAUAUAUAUAUUUAUAUAUAAUCUCUCUCUCCCUCUGUUUCUGAAUUUUGAUUUCCCGGGAAGGUUUCAAACCCGAUCGUUUCUUCGAAAGUCUCUGAAAGCUUUUCGACAAAACAAAAAUCCAAAAUCUUUGUGAUAUCAAAAAGGAAAUAAAUUUCAAAACGCGCAUGGAAUUGGCUGGUUCAUUUGCCUGAAAGUUGGUUCAGAUAGAGAUGGAGGGAGGGGCGAGAGAGAUGGACGAAGAAUUGCUGGAGUUCGCGAGGGAGGCUUUCGAGGGGGAUGAAAUUGACAUGGACUACGAAUUGAUGCGCCAAAGGUUCUACGAUUUCACUAGGCCGGAAUCCUAUUGGGAGGCGGAGGAGGCGGAGGAAUGGUUCCGGUCCGCCGGAGGCUAUCACCCCACGCCCUUCCUUGAAAAAUUGUUGAAUUGGCAAAAAGAGAAUCAUCCAGUACCUGUAAAAACCUCUGCGGAAUCGAAAGAUGUUGAAGUUACUAGAUGCAGUACCUUGAAAAAUUGCAUGGAAACGGAGAUCUCUGCAUUCGUAGACGAUAAUGACAAAGAGUUUUCUAAUCACAUGGCUCAAGACACUCUGAAAACCAAACUGAAGUCCUCGGGUAAGUCACCACAUCUAUUAAGGAGUUCAACGUUAAUGAAAUUCACGGCGAGUCAGUUGGCCAAGCAAAAUCAGCACCGAGAGGUUCACUCCAAUCGGUUAUUAAGGAGAGUUGCGAAAAAGCUCGAGAAACUCGAUGAGAAAUCACAGAAUUCUCCGCCACCUACGAUGGGCUGCGAAAAUUCGAAGCAAUGUAGCAUAGCACUUUGCAAAUUCGGUAGUGCUAUCACACGUGCAUUCUUACUUCUCACUAACCCCUCUCAAUUUUUCGGCCAUUGGAAAAAUAAGUGUGUAAAUAACACUAUCCUACAAAUUACGCAACCGAAACUAUAA